AUGACGCGCGACUUUGACACGACCAUUUGCGCUCUUCCUGACACGUUCUCCUAUUCCGUCUCCGAUACCACCUCAGAAUCGGUUUUUUUGCCUCCUGUGUGUGGUCAACUGGUGGUAACCACAACCAAACGGCCUAGCGAAUUCUCCACGCAGUUAACCACUUUACCAAACAGCCCUGGGAGUUUUUCCAACCUACUGUACCUGCCAGCCGGGCAACUACUGGAGGAUGUUCGAAUGGCUGAGCAGGCAACGCCAGCACUAUCAGGUGAGCCGCCCGUUGCAGAGGCGAAUGGGAGUGAUACACCCGUUUCUCCGUCGUCGCGACGGGCCGACGUGCACGAUGCGGUAUCGGACGACGCCAGUCAACCGCCACGCCUCCUCGAAAACGAGGCGUUCUUCCUCUCGGGCAUGGGUCGUGCGCGUCAUCGGUCGUUUGACCGCCGCAUUGACCAUUACACAUGCUUCGCAGGUGGUUAG